ACAUUAAAUUAAUGGAAUUUUAUAAUCUAUUUUUUAUUAUUUUGCCAAAGUUAUUUUAGAAACUGAAUCUACCUCACAUUUUAACACGAUGACUUACCAAAAUACUCAAAAAUAGCUAUGCCAAUUUAAAAUCUGGUAUGUUACUAAUGGUGGACUGCUAUACAGUCAACAAAUGACAAUAAAGAAAUAAGAAGAAAGGCUUUUUCACACAAUGACUUGAGUCUUGACAGUUAAUGAAUGAAUACUAUGGCUGCUCAGGAAAAGUCAAACAGAUUCGUUGAUUACUUCAUAAUUUGUGGGCUUGAUGACUCUAGUGAAUUAGAACCAGAUAAAUUGUCAGGGGACAACCAGCAAAGUCCACCAUUAGAACGUCCUUACAAGUCAAAAGUUCUUGCUCAUUUUCCUGAAUCAGUACCUUGGAAUCCUUUUGAUGAAAAUGCAGUUGGAAUGCUCUGUCUGCCUAGAGGUCUAUCUUUCAAGACACAGAAAGAAUCAAGGCUUCCAAAGUUUCACUCUUUUAUCAUCACCCGAGAAGAUGGCUCAAAAACGUAUGGCUCGGCCCUUGUCUUUUAUGAAGAAGUCACAAGCAAGUCGGUGUUGGAUGCUAUGCAGACACUACAUGUUAUGCACCAAGCAAAUACUGUGGUUAAGUUCUCAAUAAAUAGCCCAGAACCUGUUAGAAAGAUGAUCCUGCCAGAACGCAAGGACAAAUGUCUCUUCGAUGCCAACCGUGAUAAACUUUAUGUUACAAAGUGUAUAUGUCUAGUCACACCUUUGCCAUUUGUGAGAUCAUGCCAGCAGUUUUUACAACAGUUAUAUGAAGCCUCGCAGAAACCUAACCAGCUGGCAAUGACACUAGAGUCUUAUGUAUUUAAUGUGAUAUACGAUAUCCCUCUUCCACCGUGUGGCAGAAGCAUGAAGUUUUUUGGCUGUUCUGGUCCUGUAUGUGUGAUUAGACCUAGCACUCAAGAAUUGCCUUUGUUUGAUUUCUCUCUGUAUGAGCUGUUUAAAUUACUUGGAAUAGAUACUGUGGUUGAGGUCUUUAAAUGUGUUCUACUUGAGCAUCAGAUUUUAUUGUAUUCAUCUGAUUAUCAACGACUAAUGCUAGUGGCCGAGGGAAUGUGUACACUGGUGUUUCCCUUCCAGUGGCAACUAGUCUAUGUGCCUAUACUACCAGCUUCCAUGCAGCAUUUCCUUGACGCUCCAGUCCCUUUUAUCAUGGGUCUGUACAAAGUAUCCAACACAGACAAGUCUCAGCUGGUUCUUCCAUCUGAAGCCAACAUGUGUUUUGUGGAUAUUGAUAGUAAGUCUGCAGAGUACCCAGAGGACCUCCCCAUGUUUCCAUACCAAAAUGACCUAAAGAUUGAGCUGACUCAGGUUAUCAACAAAUACCAAAACCUCAUUGGUGCUGAGAAAAUGUCCAGGAGCUAUCCCACAACACCUCGCAGGGAACCUGGGACAAAAUCUUCGCUAAGGCCUGAAGAUUCUCUAAACACUAACACAGGGAGCUGGCCAAACUCUCCCAAACGGAAAGAAGUUCUACAGAACAGUGAAGCAUGGAACAAAAUUGCUAGUCUUGCCAAAAAAACUGGAGUCUGGGAUUCCAUUGAAGAUAUUGUGCUGGACGACACGCCAGGAGACACCGAAAGAGAAAGGGAUCUCCCUGAAGCCUAUGACUCCAAUAGCAUGCCACUUUCAGAAAUAAACAACAUGAAGUUUAACAACGCUGUCAGGGAGAUAUUUCUCAACUGUUUUGUGCACAUGUUUGCGUCAUAUGAAAACUUUGUCAUCAACCCCUCCCAGGACCUGGAGUCCUGGCUCAGCAACAGGGAGACGAUCCACAAUUUUGACAAGGCAGCAUUUCUUAGCGACCAGCCCGCCGCUCAUCUUCCCUUCCUGUCAGCUUUCAUAGAAACACAAAUGUUCACCACCCUGAUGGACAACAAGAUCAUCUCCCAGUGGGAGGAUACAGAUCCUUGUCUGCACCUGUUUGAUGCUCGCAUCAAGGAUUUAAAGGAGGCCGCUGGGGGUGAGCCACGAAUCAUCACCUACAAUCCCUGUAGCACUUUAGAGGAAACUGAGCAAUAUAUUGAGAAGAAGGCAAGAAACAUAAACUUUAUAGCCAGCAAGCCUCAUGAAAUAGCCAGUCAUAUUUCACCUAGUCAGUAUGUUAGUGGUGUCUUUCCAUUGUUGAGCAAAGAGUUGUUGUAUUCUGAGCCUGCUAAUUCUAAGUCAAAGUUUCGUGAUAAUGCAAAAUGGAGAAGAAAAGACAGACAGCUUCAACACAAGGAGCAUUUACAGGCCAACAUAGAGGCUGAGCAGCAAGAGUUUUCAGUUGAAGAAAAACCUGCCCCAUUAUGGGUUCAAUACAUGAGGAUAAGGAAACCCCAGCUGCCAGACAUGUCUCAGGCUGGCAUGGCCCAGACCAACUGGAAGUUUGUGGAGACUUUGUUGAAGGAAUGUAAAACUAAGACAAAGAAGAUGCUGGUGGAGAAGAUGGGUCAAGAAGCUGUGGAGCUGGGACACAGUGAAGCCAGUAUCACAGGAGUUGAGGAAAACACUCUGAUAGCCAGCUUGUGUGAUCUUCUAGAGAGGAUCUGGAGCCACGGCUUGCAGAUUAAGAAGGGCAAAUCUGCUGUGUGGUCUCAUUUGUUAAGCUACCAAGAAAUCGAAGAAGGAAAUGAGAACAAUAAACCAGUAGACCCCAAGCUCUUGACUCCUGGUUUGCCCAAGCGCCAUAGCUUGAUAGAUAUCAAAUCUUUGGUUGAUGGAUCAUUUACUAUUCUGGGUCGGUCUAUUUCCCUAAGCAAGCUUUCUUGGGGAUCUCUAAAUUUGUCCAACAUUGGAGUGGACCCUGACAAAUUACAAGACCGUCCACCUGAGAAGACUCACAGAAGACGAGGGAGUCAAGGCAGAAUAGAGUUACCUGUGCUUCGUCCUAUGCCGAAAUCUUUGCUCAUUGAUAUGAAGAAAAUACAACAAAUGUCAGACAUCCACACUGAUGUUGGCAAAACCAGGGCAUUAAUUCGCUUGGCUUUAGAAAGGAAAAUGUUAUCUGGCCACCUGAAACAGUUAUUAGCUGAUACAGAUCUUCUCAGAAAUUUGUACAAACGCUAUGCCUUCCUGAGAUGUGAAGAUGAAAGAGAACAGUUUUUGUAUCAUUUGUUAUCACUGAAUGCUGUGGACUUUUUCUGUUUUACAAAUACAUUCCCCAAUACCGUGGUACCCUAUCGUGUUUUGAUCUACCCGAGCACCAAGCUGGGCUGUUCUACCACAAGUGCCAAUGUCUGGCUCUCAGUUGCUGGCCAGCUUGGGGAGACUGGAACCAUUGACGUCGCUAAGAGCUUGCUGGAGAUGAACUUUGAGCAUAAAAAUUUAGGUGUGUUGACGACACUGAGGAUAGGCCAUGACAACAGUGGUAUGAUGCCCAGGUGGCUGGUGGAAUACGUGCUGGUCAGGAAUGAGCUCACUGGACAUACAUACAGGUUUAACUGUGGCAGAUGGUUGGGUCGUGGUGUUGAUGAUGGUAGCACUGAGAGACUACUCGUAGCUGAGCUGAUGCACCACACCAUUGAUACAGAAGAUGAAGUUGUUGUUACCUCCCCACCCAGGACAUGUUCACCCAAGUCUCCAAGGAAAGCUCAAGAUGCAAAUGCAGGUCUAGCAGAAAUUCAAGAAAACCUCGGCCAGGCUGUCAACAAUUUGGUCAAACAUUUCUACAAGCCUGAGAAAGAGCGAGGAAAUAUCACUUUUCUCCUGUGUGGAGACAAGGGCCUGGUCAACUGUAUGGAGCAAGUCUUUCAAUUUGGCUUCAGGUCGUCGCGACUCUUUAGGAACAAAAUUUUUAUUUGGGACUACAUGGAGCGCCUGAAAGUUUUCUUUGAGAACGCCCUGUCUGGCAGCUCCUCUCUCCAGCUGACAGAGAUCUGUAAGGCAGGCUACUGGUUGUUCUGUGACCUGGUGGGGAAGAUCAACACGGCCUCCGACACAGUGGGCAAGGAUGGCAAGUUUCAAGUUUUUAUCUGUGUGGGAAUCAGGAAGCGCUGCCUCCACCGCUGGCUCCCACUGAUGGCCAACACAACAGUGACAGCCCAGAUGUACGAGGAGAACUCAUUCCUGCGCAACCCAAUCAACAUCAACUUUGUCAUGCACAUCCUGGACUCACUCACAGAGUUUGACAUUCCACUGGAGGCCUCGCUGCUGCGGGGUAUCGACCUAGAUUUGUAAAUGUGCCUCAAUGCAUUUGAAUCGGAGCAUUCAUCAGUUCUUUCACAUGGUCUCAGCUGUUUUUCUGCUUCGUCUGGGUAGCCACACUUUCUCUGGGGUAGCCACACCUUCUCUGGGGUAGCCACACCUUCUCUGGGGUAGCCACACUUUCUCUGGGGUAGCAUUUGGCUUAACAACAUUAAUGCCACACCUUCUCUGGGGUAGCAUUUGGCUUAACAACCUUGGAUACAAUCCUAGUGCUGAGCCUACUCUCUGUGGGUGUGUAUGUGUGUGUGCGCGCUGUUUGUGUGUGCUGUGUUAGCUGAAAGAUGUGUAGCCAAAGCUUUGUUGAAAAUUGCAUUUUUGUGAUUUUUUUCAAAUUUUAAAGAAAUUAUUCUAGUACAGGGUGAUUUAUUUGAAAGUGAGCAAGUGUUAGUAAAUAAAUCUUGCCCUACUAAAUGACUCAAUGAAAUCUGCAGAUGCCACAUGUUUACCUGUGCUAGCUGUUGCUUGUUGAUAGUUGCCUCAAUGUGCAGGAAAUAGCUUGAUUGUUGAACUUGUAAAUAUGUUCUGUACAUACCUGGCCUGACUACUAUAUUUCUGGUGGAAAAAUGGCUUAGCACAAGUUAAGACACCAGUUUAUCAAUUGUCUUCAGCUUUUUACAAUUUAUUUUGUUGAAUUCUUAGAGUAACUGUAAUUUAUUUUCAAACCAGCGUCAUUACGGUCACCAACUUUAGCUGCAAAAUGUCAGGAGCCAUAAACUCAUUCACUUUUAUCACUCACAAACUCAUGUCAGGAGCCAUAAACUCAUUUAUCUAUACCAGUCACAAACUUGUGUAAUCUUUUGUUCAAGAUACUUGUACAUUUGUUUUACCACUCUUUUAUCCAACAAAAUUGCAUGAAGAUAUAAUCUUAUUUAUUCAUUUUAAACAUUUCCUUUUUUUCCUUUUUUUCCUUAUUUACUUCUAAUUUUAAAACAUGUUCCUGUCAUUUCAGUCAUGUUUUAAAUUCUAUAAUUAUGUUUUAAUCUUUUAGCUACUAGCCAUUUUAGUAUGGAAUAUGUUCUAAUUUUAUUAUUUUAGUAGCCUAUCUGUUCUUAUAUUUAAUUACAAUUUUGAAAAAGCAAAAGAAGCAAACAAUUAACUUUUACAAACAAAAUAAAAAUUUUAAAUAUGCCGAAAACAAACCUUUAUAUCGCAAGAAAUGUUAUGUUAAAAAUUGUUGCUAAUGAUUGUGGAGUUGACUGAGGACAUAUUACAUCUGGUUAUGUUGUUUCAAUUGUUGCUAAUGAUUGUGGAGUUGACUGGGGACAUAUUACAUCUGGUUAUGUUGUUUCAAUUGUUGCUAAUGAUUGUGGAGUUGACUGGGGACAUAUUACAUCUGGUUAUGUUGUUUCAAUUGUUGCUAAUGAUUGUGGAGUUGACUGGGGACAUAUUACAUCUGGUUAUGUUGUUUCAAUUGUUGCUAAUGAUUGUGGAGUUGACUGUGGACAUAUUACAUCAGCUUUAGUUUUUUUUUCAUGACUGCCUUUUUGUAAUCACCUGGAAUGAUUACGCUCAUUGUACGUAAUAUUUUGGUGUGUGUCAGCCAACUUGUUUGUAAGUAUGUAAUACGUUGGUGUGUAUCAGUCAGUGCUAGACACUUGGUUUGUACAUAGUUUUGUUGCUUCAGUAACGUAACUUCUAAGUGCAGGCCACUUUGUUAUAAGCAUGGUACUUUAUUUUCUUUUAAAUAACACAAACAAAUUGUAGGCAUAUUUUUAAAAACAAUGUUUUAGGCAUAUUUUUAAAUCUCACAAACAAUAUGUUAGGCGUAUUUUCCCACAAUGUGUAUUUAUUUAAAUGGUGGCCAUCAAAUCUGAUCAAGUUGAAUAGUCUUAAAGAACUGUAACUCAACUCUUUACAUGGUUCUUCAGCUCUGAGCUAAAACAUGUUUGAUACAAGAUUAUAUGUGACAUUUUGUUUGUUUUUUUUGCAAUGUAUGCCUUUUACUCUGUUUAGUUGUAAGAUGAUUGCAAAAAAGGUUUGACGCAAAUAAUUGUUUCAGAAAUUAAGAAACCAAUAAGGACAUCUAGUAUGACUUUCUGAAACUUGUCUGCAAGUUUGGAAAUGAGGUCCUAAAUAGCCGAAAUGUAUACUAGUCUAGAGUUAAGUGUAGAGGUCCUAAGUAGCUGAAAUGUCUACUAGUCUAAGGCUAGGUGUAUAGGUCCUAAAUAGCUGAAAUAUCUACUAGUCUAAAGUUAAGUGUAGAAGUCCUAAAUACCUGAAAUAUCCAUUAGGCUAGUGUUACUUGUAGAGGUCAUAUAUAGCUGAAAUGCCCACUAGUCUAGGAUUAAGUAUAAAGGUAGCUUUGACAUGAUAUGCCCAGGUUAUUGUUUUCACUUAGGUGAUUGCCCUCAUCUCAUAGCUAGGUUCACUGUCCAUUCCAUUUGAUUCUCAUUCCUGUUUAGUUUACGUCGAUCUGUUCGUCUUUUAAACUGGGGUUUCAUUUAGAUUUUAUUACUACAUCGAAUCUCCUAAUGGAUCAGUUAUCCAAAUUCAAACAUUACAUCUCUUUCUUCCACCCCCCACCCCAAUGUCUUCAUAGCCACUAUUUCUCUGUAUAUAAAUCUAUUGGCUCCUGAAAGUUGUCAUAUGACCAAGUCAUGUGACCAAGUCAUGUGACCGAGUCAUGUGAAAUCCCUGGUCAGUGUGAUCAGUGACCUGCAGUUGACUUUAUCAUCACAAGUCAGCCUUGGAAUGACCUGGAUUAUGACUUAACUAGCCAGUCAUCCUUUGUGACUUAACUAGCCAGUCAUCCUUUGUGAGGUGACUAGAUUGUGUUGAGCGUGAAGUUGUUAGUAUGGCCCUACAGAACUGUCUAUGGUACUUAAUAUGAGCAAUGGAACUUGUGAUAUCAAUGUUGAUUUUUAAUGUUAUCACUGUUAAAUUUUUUAAACGACAUUUUUUUUGUGUGUCUACAUCUUGUAUACUCCAUUUUUUUCUAAUUCAUUUUUUAACUGAGUGAAAAAUUUUUAUUGCUUGUGCUUGAUGGAGCCAGAGAAGACAUGAUACUUCGAUUCAUUCAGUUUUUGCAUCAAUGUCUCGACUAAAACAGCCUAAAUAAAUUCUAAAUAUGCAUUCAAGUAAAAAGUGUAUUUCUAGUAUUUUUUAAUACAAAUCUGUAGCUAGAAGUUUUUGUUCAACAUUUUUUUACAUGACCUUUAGUGCUUGUAGUGAUGGGAGUAGCAGGUCUAAGCUUCCAGUUGAAAAGCUGUACGAACAAGAUUCAAGGAUUGUUAUGGAAAUAAAUAGGAUUUUAAUUCAUG